AGCCUGGCUACCGUCAAAAGCAAAAAACGGCCGUGAAAAUGUGACCACUCAAGUUGAAUUAGUGAGCAGACACACACCAUUACUCCCACUAUCAUAAGCCAGCAAAAUAAUGUGACGAAAUAAAAUAAUUGAAAAACUUAGUGGUCACUUCACUCACAUUAGUGCAAAAAAAAAUUAAAAAUAAAGUAAUAUUAAUACAAGGCAGUACCUUUUUUAAGUGAUAUGUUGUUCUCCUGGAAAGACGACCAGUCCAACACGUUCUGUCCAUGAGCAGGGAAGCAGCAGGUGGGCGUCUCCACGGAGUUUGGAUGUUAUAUCCAGCGUUGCCAUGAGCAACUCGGAUUCCCGGGUCGGUAGCUCAGAUUGCUAACUGGUUGUUGUCCCUCGUUUGCGGGUCAGCAGCUCCAGGUGAGGCCACGAAUCAAGCUAGGUAAGCUAGCAGCAGCCUACAGUCCUCACGAAGCUACUACGCGCAGCUGCGUUAGCUAGCAGCAGGCGAAAGUCCGUUCAUAUGCUAAUUACCACUCAGGUGGUUAAAGAGAGGGUAGGCGAUUUUGAUGAGAAGCUCUUUCCGUCAUGUACCUUGAAACGCUCGUGACAUAUCGAUAGAGAUUAAUAAAGUAAAUGAUCUGACAUUGAAACGGGGAAAGAAGUCAUAUGUGGCCAUUAGCACGACUGUAAAAGCCUCGUCCAAUCAGAAAGUUCGGUCCAAGAAAAUGAUUGGAUGAACCGCUUUUUUUUCCUGCUUGUGCGCGCUCCGCUCGUUGCGCCACACAUUGAGGUGCGUGACCAGUCUUGUACAGACAAACAAACGGAGCAGAGGCUACAGAGCUACAGCUAAAGCUACACAGCUCCAGAGCUAAAGCUACACGGCUACAGCUACACAGCUCAAGAGCUAAAGCUACACUGCUACGGCUUCAGCUGCACAGCUGCACAGCUAGAGCUACAGGGCUACAGUUAGCAGACGAGUUGCUACACUGGACUAAAGAAGAAAAGAGUUGCAGAAGGGCAGAGAAAGUGUCCAGUGUACAGCUUCCGGUCGCAACAGAAAAACAGCAUCUGAGACGGCUACGGACAAAAAGAGGUUGGAUACUACUGGCGUCAACUCGUGGAGGAGAAGACGGCUGAAAGACAGGGAACUUGAGCAGUCGUCUGUCCAGCCACUGCUUCGAGAAACUGGCCACCAUGCUUCCUCUGCGAAUGGUCAUCGUUGGUCUUCUCUACUGCAGCAUCAGAACGGGGGUCACACAAUGUCGGACUAAAGGCCUGUUCCCAGCUGCCAGCAGAACAAAAAUAGGGGUGGUGAACCCCACCUUCUAUGAUUCCUUCGAUGACGUUCAUCUAUUAUUUGAGAUCCUACUGACUGGCAUACACUUUGAGGCCGGUGGAGAGUUUUCAGUGAAGGACGCUGAGCUGGCUUCUCUCCGCAAGACACGACACCUGGAGGUCAUCUGCGAGGAGAUCAUUCCCAGGAAGCUAACAGACAUUUAUAGGCUCACUUCUGGCCUUUCCAAUCACGUUGGUCAUUUGCAUCAGGAGGAUUUUGAGCGCACUCUGCUGACCUUGGUAUACGUCACCCAGCAGAUGUUCAACACCACAACUGAACAACAACGAGAUGUUUGGGCUGAGUCUUUUGUUAGCUUGUACAAAUCAAUCAAGCAGGAUCUGAUGGGGACAGACUGAACGGACACAGGAUCAUAAUGGCUCCAAGUUGAAGUUUAAUAGGUUAAUAAGCGUGUGUUGGGGGGGGUCCUUUUUUUGGAAAAUAAAUAUCUGUUGAGAUCA